UUUGUUGGGGAGAACCAGCCUCCUUAAAUGAGAUCCGGUUCCAGGUCAGCAUCCCUAACUGCCAGGAGGAGAACACUGCAUAGGUAGCAGAUACAUUUAUGUUGGUUAUAUCCCCCCAUCAUCCUAUAUGGCUUCCCUCAAUUGUAACAUGUUCCACUUUGGUUACAACUGUGUGCUGAGCCGCAAGCCAGUGUUGCUAGGAAUAUUUUCUGUCCAAAUGUAGCUGGACUGUCAGUUCCAGCAUAGAAUCCAAACCAAGUAUCCAGACAGGAGAAUUUAAAAUCUAUAUUGAACAGAGCGGUGGAUUAAUAGCAGCACUCUGCCCUUGUCUAAUCCCUUUCAUCUCGGGAUUUCCAAGCACCUGAAAAAGCUAAGUAUUUUCAUCUCUGCUCUGCAGGUGGGGGUGCAAAAUCAGAGGGGCUAAGUGUCUUGUCCGAGGUGUUGCAGGGAGCCUUUGGAAGAGCCAGGAAUAAAACUCAGGAGUCUUGAAGUCUCACUGCCUCCCAGAAGGGAAUCUUGAGAGCUGGCAGCAGGAUGUGAAAGCAAAGAGCUAGUGGCAGGCUGUGGGGAAGGUCCAAGUCCAUUGAGGGCUGCGUAUAAGAAGCCAUUGAGACACAUACUAAGAGCGACAACUUUCAGAAGUCUACUAAAGGACCCAGACGUGACUGUGACUUUCUUGGGGAUACUCAGUGCUCACUGGGUUAAGAUUAUGUAUCCUUUACAGCUCUGCGAGCAGCCAAAUAAAGCCUGUGAAUAGCCUAGCAUAAGAACUUUCCUCAGCUGAUCCUUUAGGCCCUGCGCUCACUGCCAAAGUAGCUGAGGUUUGUCUUGGCCACGUUGAGCUGAUUUUCUGAGCAAGUAUUUGGCUUAAAUAGAAAAGGAAAGUUCUAAAGGAUCCAGCAUCUGGUCGGAGCUGCACGCAGGGAGAGGAGUUCCUGUGCUGACUGUCGCAGUGCCUACCCCACAGAGUGAGAGAGGAGAGACGCCUGCUUUCCAAGAACCACUCUCGCUUCCCAUCCAGGAGAACCAUACCCUUACCUAUCCCCUUCAGGCAGAAGUGUGUGACACUAAACAGCCCUGAGCUCCUGUAUCUUCUCAGCAGCCACAGUGACCCGCUUGGGGUCAGACUGAGCGGGGCUAAAAAGUAACAAAAUUUCUGCUCAUAUCCAGAAUGUCAGAUCUCUGUCAACUCAGGUCAAAGGUUAAACUGCAAUCGCCUCUUGAAUAACCGAUAUACUGCAGCAAUUAGAGCCUCCAACAUGCUCCUUGAUCAGCCGUUUCAUAGUCUGUGCAGAAGAGAAGUGGGUCCAGAAUCAGAACCCUCCAGCUGAAGUUUGCUACUGUUUGGAAUCUGAGCCCAAUCCAUAUUUCGCAGAUAACCCUGUAACUUUCUAGAGUGGGCCAAAGCAGCAAGCCUCCAACUCUUCCAAAUGUGGUGGCUGUUUGGGUUCUGGAUUCACCUUUUGCAAACUUAUACGUGUAUGAUCUUUUCUUUGGAAGGAUGGCCCAGUGGUUAGGGGACUAGCCUGGGACUCAGAAGACCUGGGUUCAAGUCCCUGCUCGGCCACAAACUGUGACCUUUGGACAUGUCAGAGAGGCAGACAUGGAUCAAAUGGAAGGGCUUUCUGCAGACAGCAGCAAGGGCUUUUUCUCAUCUGCAGAGGAGAAGUGUGGGAGAUAUAAAUCCAUUGUGGGAUUUUUAUGCAUUUUAUACAUUUUCCCUCUGGUGGCAUUGCUGGUUACUCUGGAAGAUCCAGUAGGAGCUGCAGCUCAGAAACCUCAGGAAGACGCUGUAUUGCCUGGCCUUCGGGGGGUGAUUGCCCCUGCCCUCCCACACCUACCCCAUACACGGAGAAAACGAUACACGCUCACACCAGGGCAGCUGAAAUGGGACCACUUCAACCUGACGUACAGAAUCGUGUCCUUCCCGAGAAACCUCAUUAAUGAGAGUGUCACCCGGAAGGGGUUGGCAGCUGCUUUCCGAAUGUGGAGCAACGUUUCACCAUUCAACUUCAAGGAGGUGCCACCCAACUCGGCUAGUGACCUGAAAAUAGGCUUCUACUCCAUAAACCAUACUGAUUGCCUGGAGUCACUCAUCCAUCAUUGUUUUGAUGGGACGACAGGGGAGCUUGCCCAUGCUUUCUUCCCAAAAAAUGGGGAAAUCCAUUUUGAUGACCAUGAAUAUUGGAUAUUGGGAAAUACGCGGUUCAGCUGGAAAAAGGGUGUUUGGCUUACAGACCUGGUACACGUAGCAGCUCAUGAAAUUGGACAUGCCCUGGGACUCAUGCACUCCCUGAACUCUAAUGCCUUGAUGCACAUCAAUGCCACUUUAACUGGGAAAAAGACCAUCUCCCAGGAUGACAUCUGGGGGAUUCACAGGCUCUAUGGCUGCACAGACAGACUAUUUGUAUGUCCAUUGUGGGCUCGGAAAGGUUUCUGUGAGACUCGUAGGAAGUGGAUGAAAAAGCACUGUCCGUCCAGCUGUGACUUCUGCUACGAAUUCCCUUUUCCAACUGUAGCGCCAACUCCUCCUCCACUCAGGAUGAAAACCAAGAUUGUUCCUGAAGGCAGAAAUGUCACCUUUCGCUGUGGACAGAAGAUUAUUCAUAAAAAAGGCAAAGUUUACUGGUAUAAAGAUAAGGAGCUUCUGGAAUACUCAUAUCCUGGUUACUUAGCCUUAAACGAUGACCACAUGAGCAUUAUUGCCAAUGCAAUUAACGAAGGAACCUAUACCUGCAUUGUGAAGAAAAGGCAAAGAAUCCUGACUACCUAUUCCUGGAGGAUUAGGGUUAGGCACUAACAAGGGUCUUUUAAUGAGGACUUCAGUUACUGCUAGUUAAGUUUGACAAAAACCCAACCUCUUCAGCAUUUUAUGUUUAACCUCCAGCAGAGCAGCCACCAUAGAAAUCAGUUGCUACCAGUGGUUGGGCAAGAAACUUGGACACUGGGACCUGAUCAUUGGAAAAAUUCUCCUCCCAGAGUUUACUAUUAACAAAUUUAUCAAGCACAUGCUGCUGUAAGAGAGAAAAAUCUUGAAGCCAAGAUGACCCAGGUAAUUGUGGAUCAUUUAAAAACUAACCAAUCCUUCACUGGAUUAAUGAAACCUGGAUUUAGAUUAAAAAAAGAACUGGUUAAUGUUCCAGGGUUUGUCUUGCUGUCAAGCAUUUCAGAAAGUUAUUUAAAUACAAAUAUAUAGCAUUAGAGGGGCUUGAAACAAAAGACUGAUGCCUGGCUGUAUUCUCCAUGGAUGCUGUUGUUCAAGCACUGAAGGAGUAAAG